UCGCUGAAGCGGGCGGAGGCGGACACUGAACGUCGCUGUUUGUGUUUAAACGUUCCAGCGGGAGGGUGGGGCAAAGAGUCCUAAGCGCGGGGUCUCCAUUGGGAGGCGGUCGAUUCCUGUCGAAGAGGCGAUCCCGCGGCGGGGCGGGUUUGUGCUCCACUAUGGUGCCGUCGCGAUGUGUGAAGAGCGAAUACAUGAAGCGCUUCAAGGAGCCCAAAUGGGAGGCGUGCGGCCCGUGCUACCAGGAGCUACUGCGCUACCGCCUGAGCCGGCGCCUCCUGGAACAGGCGCACCGGCCCUGGUUUUGGGACGGCUGGGAGCAGGACAGCAGCCUCAGCAGCGGCGGCAGUGGUGGCUCUCCGUCGCCCCCAGGUACUUCCAGUCCUCCGGGUGCCCAGCAGCGAGUGGAGGACCCAGCAGUGGUGGCGGAAGUACCCGGCGAGCCUGGUCCUGCCAGGAUCAGUGGGUCUGGGGAGCCGGGAAGAUCCAGUCCGGCAGAGCCUCUGCGCGGAUCCGAGGAAGACGAUGACCAAGAGAAAGCUGACAUCAAGGAAGCUGAAGGAAAGUCUCCAGUGAAAGGAACAGACAACUCAACAAGUCGUCAACAAGGCCGGCCUCCAAGUCGCAGUGUGUUGGGCAGCCAAGGUGAUAGAAGACCAGCAAAAAGUCCUCCAAGGACAGAUACAGCCAAGGGGGCAAAACAUCCAUUUGCUUUAUAUGGCUGGGGAGAAAAACAGACGGAUACUGGCAGUCAGAAAACUCACAAUGUCUGUGCAUCUGCUUCAGCGAAUGAAAUUCAUGAGUCUGCAUUAAGAGCAAAGAACAGAAGGCAAAUGGAAAAAAGGAAGCUGUCCCAGAGGCAGAUUAACUCAGCAGAAGUAGAAAGAACCUGGAGAGCAAAAUCUUCUGGACCAGAUAACCCCUGGAUGACUGAAUAUAUGCGGUGUUACUCAGCACGAGCUCGGUGAUUCAAGGCUUGAUUGUACUCCCUGCUUUUCGUCUUCUCCUUCUUUUUUAAAUAGCAUUGGAAAACAAUUGAGGUCAGUGGGGCAAACCCCCAAACUACUUAUGCAAAGUUUUUACAACAGAUUUUUUCCAGCAGUUUCUUAUGUAGUUUAAAUGUUGGCUAUUAGCAGUAGAAGGAACAGUUGGACCCAUCCUAGUGGGAGCUCUGUUUGCCAUAUAGCUUCUCUACAUCCUCUUGACAAAGGAGGAUGUGUUUGUUACCUUCAGCUGACUUCUGAAAAGCUGGAGUCUUUACACAAUGAACGUUUUAACACAAGAACUCAUGAAAGAAUUCCUCAACCAGUAUUUAGUCCUUCUGUGAUCACAAGACUUGUCAUCCCUGAUUUGCAGGAAGUGAGUUGCCCUUAAGACACACACUGAAAUCCACGGGAUGCAAGUUAGCUGUAAAGUGAACUUUCUCUGUAGUGAGGAAUGCAAGACUUAACAAACUGGGUUGCUGUGAAAAUUCUUCCAGGAUGUAGGUACCGUAUGUAGAAAAUUCUUCUAGGAUGUAGGUACCAUAGCAUUUUCAUGUGAUUUAGUUUAACUUGGGAUGAUUUAUAUCAGACCUGCACAACUUGUGACCUUAAGUGGCAUCUAUGGCUUACAGUCUGUUGCUGCUUAAGGUGACUUGCAACAUGCCACCCUGACCCCUGUGCAAGCUUGGCUAUGAUGCCGCCCCACUUGCCACCUUGCUGGCCCCAGCCACCAGACUUGCCACUCUUGAGCCGGAAGCCCUGCACAGGUUGCCACCUCCCUUCCUCUUGCUGAUUGCUUUGGUGGCAGUGUGCAGUGCUCUGUUCUCCAGAUGAUCUCUCUUAUUCACUUUUGCUCCCGCUCACACUUUCCUUCCCUGCUGGAAAUGGCGGGGGCAGGGGGGGAAGCAUGUGUUGGAGUGGUGGUGAGAGAGAAGUGGACUAGCAAUGCUGGACGCCAGCUGGUUUCGCUCGCUCACUGCUGCACCACUGCUCCAGUUCACGCUCCCUCUGUUUCUCCUCUUCAACAAACUUGUUUGCUUUGUCUCCUCCCAUUUCGGGAGAAGGCGUUGGGGGAAGAAGAGACUGCGAGCAGGAGAAGUGGUGACCAGAGAGAUCAUCUGGUGAUGCCAGUGGGAGAACAGCUCUGCAUGCUGCUGUCGGAGGCCAGCAAGGAGAAGAAUGACGGUGGUCAGUGUUAGACUUUGGGCUUGGGAGUGGUGAGUCAGGUGGCUGGGGAGCAGGGCCAGCAAGGGACAGGGAGCACAAAAGUGAGGGUGGUGGUAGCAAGCAGGUGGGGUGAUGCCUUUGGCGGGGGCAGGGCCCCUCCACAUUUGCCAUCUGAUAACUCACUUGCCACCUGAGGCUGUUGCCUCACUUGGCCUCAUGACAGAGGCGCCCCUGUUAAGUGGCACCCACAAUGUUUGACUGUACAGUGGUCACAAAUGGGCUCCUUAAACCUGUUGAUGCUUCUUCCUUGGACUGCAAAAGCUUGGGGGUUAUCAUUCCCUUUGCUUUUGUGUCACAAGUUGUACAGGCCUGACUUGCAUAAGUAGGCACAGGCUUUUGCACAUAGCUAGCUGUAAAAGAUCGUAUAUUUGAAAAUACAGUUUUAGACUUUUGAACAUUCUCCUAACUUUGGGUAAAUCUAUAGUGACUUGUUGAGGUUUACAUUCCAGUUUUGAGUUUUAUGGCCAUCUGGAAUUGGAGAUAUUUGUGAAAUAGAUUAGUAAUGUGCUGUGGCAGUAUUUUCUUUUUUUGGGGGGGGGGCAAUAUUUAUGUUCUUAUCAUGUGCUCAUUGUACCAAAUGAUGGAAAUAGACAAUCAUUAUUCAGUAGUGGUGGUCAGCUUAGUACUUUGCAGUAACAUGCUACUGACUGAACUGGGAUGUAAUAAUAUAUAUAUAUAUAUAUUUGAUUUUCCUUUUUGUUAGGAAAGGACCUAACAAAGUGGACCAAAGUGUUUCCUUUUUGUUAGGUGAGCCUCUGUAUAGUGAAAUGUUAAUUCACUUUUGUAUUCUGACUUGGACUCUUCUACCAGUCUGAUCUAGCUGGUGUGCAUUCCAUGUGGUACGUUCAGGGCUCCGGUUGAUAGUACACAUUUUGCUAUAUUUCUCAGUCUUUCCUAAAAGCGGGCCUCUAAGAAAGAAGCCAUAGGCAAUCAUGAGAAUGUAACAAACCUCAGUUACAAAUUUAGAGUCUGCAUCUUCUCUGCAAGACUGCCAGUCUCUAAACUGGUGGUUCUUGUGCUGUUUGUGCCUUUGUGGACACAACAGCAAUGUCUCUUCAGAUGCCCAGAUAUGUUGGCUUCUGUAAUGAUACUUGUAACUUUGUGCAACUAGCACUAAUUUCUACCACUGAGACUUCCAUAACUCGAAUUUGCAAAAUAGCUGUCAGUAGGAAUGUGUUCCUUCCUUCUGAAGGAUAUCUCAGGUUCCCUAGUUAUUCAAGGCAAGUUUCCAGCUAGUCUUAUGGUUGUGAUACGGAAGCGACCCCCCCCCCCCGCCCAUUGUACAGUUCCGUGUAUUUAUUCCAAUGAUAGAUUGCAUCUACUUGAGUUUUUGUUGGAAUUGUGAACCACCACCAUUCCUCUUCUUUUGGUCUUUCUGGUGCUCUAUACUUUCCAUUUAUGAAAAUGAAAUAAGUGACUGACAUGAUACAUUUUAUACAUGAGACCUCAACAGGAUGCAUUAAGAUUUCCAUCACCAGGAGAUGACACCCCUCCCCCCACCCAUAAGCUUCUGGAUGGAUGAAUUCAACUUCCCAGAAUGCAGCAGUCCUCUCUCCUGAGGAUCAACAAGUUCGUUCUUGUUGGAUAGUUUAUACAUGUUGUCCAAAUAGGUCUUUAAUUGGGUCAGUUCAGGCAAUAGACUUUGCCUGACCCACCACAUGCCAUGGGCAUAGGCACAUACCAUGAGUGUGGAUGACUUCCCACUUCCACUCUCACAGUAUCUUUCUAGCACAGGUAGUUGACAUGAUUGAACAAAGGCUUCUCGGCAUGCUGUGUGUGCAGAGGGGAGAUGUGAAAAUGUGUUCUCUCUGCACGUGGUGAGCCAAACAGUCAAUCACCCAAACAGAGGCAUUCCUCAUGAAAGUUUUCUGGCUGUGUUGUAAGAUCUUUUGGAAAUAACCUACAUGGAUGCAACUAAAAUGCUGCAAUUGGAAUCUCCCGAGAGGGCAUAUUCCAAGAAGCAGAUACGUAAGCUACUCCUGUUUCCAACAUCCUACAAAAGAUCAGGGUGUUAUCUCAAUUCCACACGGAUGAGGAACUCCCAGCCGUAUGAGACUUGUGCAGUGGUUCACCACUUCUCUGUAUGUAUGAAAUAGUUCACCAAACACAUCUGACUUGUAGUGAUACAUUAUUAUGUGUGUCCCUGGAGAGAGAAAGCAUCUCAAUCCUGACAGUUAGCAAGGAGUGCAAAAAUGACCAUCCUGGCGAAUUAGUAAAUACACUUAUUUGGAGAGGUAGUUGGUUAGUAUACCUCUUCAGUUCUGGCCUGCUUCAACCUUCUACGUAGAUGGAAUAAUUUUGUUCCUCCAACAGCUGCUUAAAGUAGGUGGUAUCUCGAGCUUAGUGCAGCAGAGCACCACAGUUAGAAGUUCCUUCUAUGAACAAAAUGUGAUUUGUGGCCAUCAACUUCCAAUGAUGGUGUGUCACUGUGCUAAAGGUCUAGAUGCUGUGGAGUAUGUGUUGAAAUUAAACAAACAAACAACCAGAAUCCUUUUAUUUUCUAAACAUUACAUCAAAUUGUAUUGCACAGUUGUGGCUUUUCUAUCUUCACUGAAGCUGAAGAGUGGAUCAGUACAUCUUCUGGUUGCCAAAUGCAUGCAACACUCAAAUGCACAAAAGACACUUUGCUAGUUUCAGAUCGCUUCCAGUUUUAUGAAUAUAUCCAAAACUGAUAUAUGAUGUGAAGCACUUUUUUGCAAUGCAGAAGUAGGCAUUGGUGUGUGUGUUUUUUGUAUUGCCACAAGUUUCUUACAUUGUAGUUAAAUAAUGUAUUGGCAGCUAUCAUUAUUUAAGGGUUUGAUUUUACUUAUGGGCAACAAGGAUCUAAUUGUUCAUUGCUAGAUUGAGACUUAAGCCAGCAUUUUUCCAACUCUGGUCUCUACCCUUUCUUGGCAGCCAUUUCUUCAGUAGGUGACCAUACAGUAGAACUAGUUGUGGUCAGGAGCACUAAUCUAGCACUUCCUCUAAAACUGACUAUCCAGGGAAGCAGGUGAGAGGGGGUUGGAACUGAUGUGGCCAGAAGCUCCUACCAAUUUCUUGCCUCUAGCACUCAUGGCUUGCAGCCUCUAAAACUGUUAUGCUAUGCCAGACUUUUGCUUCUUUUAGGAAAAACUGCUCUAGCUUAGCCUCUUGCAGGAUCCUCUCCUUCCCUGGAAAUUCAUGCCCCGCUCCAUCAGAUGCCAUACACACUUGGGGAGGGGGCUUACCUACUGUUUUGCCAGCCCUUGAUUUUAAGCAUUAGGUACAAUCCCCUUUUACCUAUUGAGAGAGAUGUCUUAAGCAUUUGGCACUGAAUGAUGGCUUCUGGGUGCUCUCGUAUGCUGCCCGGGGAAGGAACCUUUCAGUCUGGGAUACAACAUGGUACCCUGGCACAUGCAAGUAUCUGCUCUUUUAUGUUAGUAGAGCAUAUGUUUACACACACGCAUACAGCAUGUUGGGCAUCUGUACCUUAUGGUUAGUUAGACCCAGAUAGUGGGGGCUAAAGACAAGCGAGAUUCAUAUUGGAAUCGUGAUGAGACUAAAAAGUCCUUAGACUAUGGCUGUUUAGGCCCAGUUACUUGAUCAGGUGGAGUUUGCUGAUAUCUGACCAUAAGAAGUUAAUAAUAAUCAUGAUCAGGUGGAGGCACUUAGCAGAAAAGCCAUAAAUGAGUCAAACCCUGCUUCUACAUGGUCCCUGUAAAGAACAGGAUUGAUAGGCAAGGCUUUAGGGAAGCUGCCUCACUUAGCUUUUGUGAGCACUGAAAUCACUUUACAGAAAAGCUUGAAGCAAUAUGUGACUUAGAAUGUCUGUUUUUAAAUAGCACUUGUUUUUUCUAAACAUAUCUUGUGUUUAUAUUUCAUUGUACUUACCAUAACUUCGUACAUGUGAAUAAAAAUGAUUCUAAAAAUA